AUGAACAGAUGUACGGUCUCCUCCGGUAGCAGCACUGCAAAGUUGCUUGCGACAGCAACUCGAUCUCACUGUAUACGAACAUCAUGCUCCCCUGAGCCUCCGACACGCUGGACGCUCGUCAGAGCUUUCCAAACCCGAGAUUUGUCCAGCACAAGCAAACAAGCAUCACAUUUCCAAACUCUGGAAGGCAAUGAUGGACACAUUGCCGGGUUUGCCACUGGGUCAGUGGAACCCAUCGGAAAGACAGCUGCAGUACAAAAUGGUGCGCCGGGAACAGGGACGUCUGAAGCUUUGGAUUCAUCGUCUGAAAUCAAUUUCCACUUGACGUCAAUUUCCAAUACCGCUCAAGCAGAAACGUCAAUCAGUAUCCCACAUGAAUCAUCUAAGCCAGCUGUCAAACGGCGUCUCCUCCCCCUCUCGCCGCUCAUGAAUCCAUCAUUUCUUGAAGCAAGAGAGAAACACCGUGCUCCUAAGACUCUGCCGAGCAAGAACCCGACACCAUUCCAACAGCAGCUAUCAAAGAACCCAUAUGCUCUAGCUCUCGCCACACCUGUCCGCAGAUGUGCAAUCAGCGGUACGAAGUUACCCUCCUUCUUUCUUCAAGGGUUUCGAGUAAUGUCGGAUCCAACAAGUGGAGAGCCGUGGUAUGUGCCAGCAAAUCUAGCAAAUAAACAUCUCCCUAUCAAAGAAAGAGAGGCUCUGAAUGAGGCGGAAGAAGCCCAAGACUUGCAACAGCUAGGUGAUUUAGACAAUGGCAGAGAGAAAGAUGUUUCCGACGAAAUGCCAGAUUUGAGAACGUCAAAAGGGCUUGAGAGCGGUAUCAAAUCAGACGACAAAUCGAGAUCGUCCAAGAUGGGGUACCAGGCCUACACGCUCAAUGGCAGAGUCUUACUUGGUGACAUGGUUGACACAUCGGCACCCUCACGAGCCAACAAAGGGAGAGCAGGACAAGCCAAGUUCAUUCCUGGUGGUUGGCGACAGGUGAGGCCUGCGAUGCAGUCUUAUGGCAAAGCUGGUUGGAGGCCAGACAUGGACAAAUUUAUCACUACAUUAAUGGGUCGGCGCAUUGCGGAAGCAUUUGUCCAUCUAUCUGGGAUGAAGCGAGGAUACAUGGUGGGCUGUACUGACUGGAAUGACGCCUUGAAAAAGCCUCAAGUCGCUGCAAUUUUCUGGACGGGAAGUGUGAAUGGUGACCGUGACGUAUCAACAGGACCGGCGGAUUUUGCAACCCUCGAGGUUGGAAGUCAGGAGUUCGGUGAUGUCGCGUCGCAACCUGGAAAGAAGAAAAGGAAGGUUCCUGUUUAUAACCUUCUGACGCUUCUGGGGAAAGAUAAGAUGGAUGAAGUGCGAGGUUUGGUUCCGAACAGCGUCUUUGAGCGGGAGGUUGUGGUGCUGAAAAACAAGAAUGCUACGGUUGAAGUACAAUCUCUACUAUGGAAACUUCAGGGAUAUGUGGCAGAGUAUCACGACAAACAAGCAAUCCAACCAGAAAGUCACUCUCGAGAGUUGUAG